CGAGCUUCAGUCGUUCAGGAAAGCUCGAGGUGUGCACUGUGCCAAAUCACAGCAAUCCCUGUUGACAACGUGAUACGGGACGCGUAACCACUCGUAUUUACAACAAGUUUUUUGUAACUGAAAAAAAGUAAUACAACAAGUUAUUUAAACUUGACAAAAGUUUACCCAAGUGAUUUUUUUUGGACUGUUCAGUGAGAAUAAAGUGUGAUAAGAUGUUGGACAAAACUAUCCUCGGUGGUAGUUGGGAAAGCGUGGUGUCGAGAGACGACUACGAGAUUGACUACAGCCAGAGUCCAAGGGGUUCUCCCUUGAAGGACACGUCUAACAUUCAAGAUGAGCCGGGCUACUGCAUCAGCCGUCACAACCCUAACAAGACCUUCCGGAGGGAGUCUGUCAUCGCUUCGUGGAAGAGUUUGAAGAAAGAGAGGGAGUUGGCUUUGGGAAAGCGUUUUAUCUACGUUGAUGCUGAUAGCUACCAAGAUUAUUACGGCAGGAACAAGGUGAAGAGAUGCAAGAGUGAUAGGGCACCUAACACACCCAGGGUGCCUAAAAAAGUCAAGCGCACAUACUCCGUUCUCUACAGAUAUGACCCAUCGGAAGAGAAAGUAGUCAAGGAGUACAAGUACCAGCUUCCUAAGGAUUCCGAACCUUCAAGCCUGCCGGUGAUGCAGAAAUCCUACUCGGAGCCCUUCUUGAGGUCUGAAUCAUCCCCUAAGAAGAAGGUUAAGAGGUCUUUCACGACCUUGCUGAACAUUAAGACGAAGUUCUUGAACAUCUUCACGUCCAAGAGUUAAAUUGGUGAUAGGAUUUAACUUGGAUUAAUUGCUCAAUUAAAUGCAUUUUAACAUUGGUGUAUUACACCAUCUUACAAGGUCGUAAUCACCAUGUCUAGUCGAAAUUUUGCCUAAGAGGUUCAAUGCCAGAACCGUCUAUUUUGAUAUGGUAGAAAUAUAAACAAAAUUGUAAUGGGAUAGGUCAACAUAUAUAAAAAUGUUGCCACUUCUAAAAGUGGCUGAAUAUUGGAUUUUAACACCUGUUAACUUUGUAAGCUUGAUUAAAAGUUUAAUUAUACUAUAUUUUGAAAUGCCAAAUGUAUUCAUAAAUAGUAAGUUUAGUAUAUAAUUUGUGAUAUUUUUGUGUGUUGUGAUAUUUUUUUUAUACUGUCUAAAGUAUCUUUAUUGUAAGGCAUCUUAUAAUAUUGCAUACAAGAAUAAGUUAUUGAGGUAAAGCAAUUAACCAAAGAUUAUAUGCUUUUAUCUACUUAAGUAGAGUAAUUGUUUAUAUUAAUUAGCAUUAAUAUUAAUGUAAUUACGAAUCUUAAGUACAUAUGUUUAAUUGUCAUACUAUUCUUUAUAUUUUGAUAAAAAUAAAAGUAAUAGGGACAUUAAUGUUUGCAAAGCCAUGUUUUAAUAGUAAUUGUUUAUAUUUAUCAACGAGUAAAUAUAAAUAAAAUUACUGUAUUAUCUAUUAAUUGUAAUGAGCAGAAUUUAA